AUUUAUUUUUACUUACACAGAUAUUACUUUGCAUUCUCACGCGCUCUUCGUUUUCUCUCGGAUCCCUUACCAUUGCCCUUGUCCUUCUCCUCUCUCGCGUUAGAGUUUUCCUUCGAUAUCCAGCGGUCUCUCGACCGUGAGGCUCUCGGCCGCCGGUUCCAAUUUCCUUCGACUGAUCGCGGGUGGCAAUCCGGCUAAUCCGAACGAUCCGCCAUGUUCCUGGUUGAUUGGUUCUACGGCGUACUUGCCUCGCUGGGGCUGUGGCAGAAGGAGGCCAAGAUCCUCUUCCUUGGGCUGGAUAACGCCGGGAAGACGACGCUCCUCCACAUGCUCAAGGACGAG